AUGUUCUCUCUCUCUCUCUCUCUGACUCUUCUCUCUUUUCCUCUUAUUCCCUACUUUUCUGUUUUUGACCCCAAGGAGAAUCCGGAAGAACUACAUCAAAGGGGUAUGUGGCAUGGGGGUUUUAUAACCGUUUCAUCUAUCUAUCUAUCUAUCUAUCUAUCUAUCUAUCUAUCCUAUGUGUUGUUCUUUCUUUCUGUUUAUCUAUCUAUCUAUCUAUCUAUCUAUCUAUCUUAUUAUUUGUUCUCUUUCUUUCUUUCCUUUCUAUCUAUCUAUACUCAAUCUGUUCAUAUUCUCCUAUCUAUCUAUCUAUCUAUCUAUCUAUCUAUCUAUCUAUCUCAUUCUGUUCAUAUCUAUUCAUUCAUCUAUCUAUCUAUCUAUCUAUCUAUCUAUCUCAGUCUGUUCAUAUCUAUCUCAGACUGUUCAUAUCUAUCUAUUCAUCUAUCUAUCUAUCUAUCUAUCUAUCUAUCUAUCUAUCUAUCUAUCUAUGACUCUAUCUAUCUAUCUAUCUAUCUAUCUAUCUAUCUAUCUAUCUAUCUAUCUAUCUAUCUAUCUAUCUAUCUUUUUUUCUUUCUUUCUUUACAAGUUAUUUUUUGCAACAAUCUUUAUCUAUCUAUCUAUCUAUCUAUCUAUCUAUCUAUCUAUCUAUCUAUCUAUCUAUGA